AUGUCUGACACUUCGAAUGAAUUAGCGUUAAACAUUUACGAAGAAGAUUUAAAUGAGCAAACCACUUUGGAUUUAUCUACACAGCGUUUAAAAUGUGUCCCGCUGAUAGAAAAUUAUUAUUUAUGUGUUUUGUAUCUACAAAAUAAUGAAAUUGAAUCAUUACCGGAUGACCUAUUUGAUAUUUUGCAAAACCUCAUGUAUUUAGAUGUUCGAGAUAACAAGCUAAUUGAUAUACCGAAAUCAAUAAAAAAUCAUCCAUGUCUUACCCACUUAUUGUUACAAAACAACCAGAUAACUUCGCUUCCAAACGAAUUAGGAACUGUUAACAAUUUAAAAAUGUUACAAUUAGCCGGAAAUCCACUCACGUACCCGCCAAAAGAGAUAUUAAGCGCGGGAAUUUCAAGUAUCAAAAACUAUCUAAACGAAAAGUACAUUGAUAGUGUGUUCGCCGGAUGCCGUUCAGAUAUAUCAGAAGAGACGGUAAGCAUCAACGAAAAUCCAUUUAUACAGGAAGGGAGAAGUUAUAACUCCGUUAUUGAUGGUGACAAACAGAAAAGGGAAACGAUGUCAAUCAAAUUUAACGAAAAGCUGUCAGACGAUGAAUCUGAUGGGGAAUAUUACCCAAGAAAUAAAGGCAAAUGUCCCAAAUUAGCAAAAAGUCGAGUGAUUAACCCUCCGUAUUGUCAAAGUUCAAAGUAUUUGAAACCAAUAAAAACAGAUGGAAAAGUAUUGCAAGAUGCCAAGAUAAGACAGAGUUUCUUCAGAGAUUUGGCUAUUAAGAAGCAUAAAGAUUUGCUUGCUACCAGAGACAAGAUUCUGCAGGGGAGAAAAAACCUCGAAUUGCUACGCGAUUGGCGUAAAACCUAUAUGAUCAACCAAUUUGACGCUGACGGUUCAUACAAAAUGGACCCUAAAACAUAUCCCUAUGAUACCCAUCCUGAUUACAUGCAUCUUCUCUCUAGAGAAGAUAUAGAAAAAGAUUUACCAGAUAAGUAUAAAAAGAGAUUAUCCAGGAGGUGUAAACCUACUCAGCCUAGGAAGGGCAAUAAUGAUGUCCAUUUGGCGUUGAAGAUCAAACAGCUGUUUGAGAAUUUGGAGGCGAUAGACUUGAACAGAAAGGAUAUGACGCCUAGAUCGGAACAGAAAAUGCUUUUGAACGAAAUACAAAAGAUCACGGAAAUCAAACAGAAGCUCACCGAACUGUCUACCACCAACACUAAAUCAGUAUUCACUGAUUAA